AUGAUACCGGAAUUCAACCUGGAUGGGAACAACAGCCUAAAGCACAACGGCAGCGCCAAGGAUCUGGCCUCCGUCAUGGAGAACCUGAAGAAAAGCAGCCUCGUCUCGCGACAAAAUCAAACCCUGAACACUCAGGUGACCAGUUCUUCGACACAACAGAUGGUUUCCAGUACAACGUCCAGUAGUGCGGCGACCAGCCAGCGAGUGCAGAGCUCGUCGCAACGCCUCCAGCACAUGACCGCCUCAGAAUUGAAGGCGAGCUCGAUGAAAUCGGACCUCACAGAGCUCAAGAGCUCCAUAUCGGAAAUGAAGAACUUGAGCAGUUCCGCCCUUAACUUCGGACAAAGGCUGCGGAGCUCUAUGGAGAACAUUGUGGAUCAGGAUGAAAGGCACUUGCCCGACAUACGCGACCUGGACGAGAUGGGCGACUACAGUGACAUGGGCGACAUCGGCGACAUAGCCGCCGAAUCGCCCCUAGUAACGUUUCCGGAGUCCGAUACACCGCCACCCGCCAGUGAUAAGUCGUGUUUGCUCGCCGGGAACAAUGUCUCAGUGGGGUCUAGUGCGGCGAAUGAAUUGAAGUACAGUGCGGCCCGGGUGACGUCAGCGAGCUCGACCAGGGUGGUCGCCGAUGGAUACAGUGCCUCGAGGUCUGCGGCGAACAGUGCGAGGAUGAGGAGGUUGCAGCACGGCGACGUGCAGUAUGCAGAGCGAAGCGCCGCGAGCGCCUCCCACCGGCUACUGCAAGCCGAGGGCUUGACUGCAGAACAAAAUGACGCCUAUCUCCAAGAGCAAAGGUCGCUGAAAGCCGGCGAAGUGACCGCCCAGGAAGCGAACAACAUGUCGGCUACCAGUUCAAGACUGCAGACGGAAGCCUUUAGCGCGGAGAAGAAGGCGAUGGCGUCAGCGCAGGCGAGGCAAACUGUCACAUCUAGCGGGAUAUUCAGCCACAAGGAGCACUCCAGCGUAGCGCAUUCUAACAUGACAAUGUCCAGCAAAAACCUAUCAACCAAAUCCACACUGCUUUCGUCACAGAUGAGUCAACUAUUGAACGGAACAAUCAAGCCAGGCGAUGAGGACCUCACAAAUUUGACGUUCGAGGACUUGGACAAGUUGAACGCUAACUCAAACCAGAAAGACGUGGACUUGGCCAUACAGAAGUAUUCGUCGCGAAUGAACGCAUUUAUUAACUCGAUAAAAAACAAUCAGAUUGACAUGAAAAACGCAUCGGUGCACUUCAACAAAUUAAACGAAAUGAUGAGGCGGGCGUGGGCCGUUCCCACGUACGGCCACGAGCUCGGCUACUCCCUGUGCAACACGCUGAGGACAUCGGGCGGCUUGGACAUCCUAAUGGACAACUGCCUGGAGACGAACAAUCCCGAAUUGCAAUUCUCCUCGGCGAAGCUUCUCGAACAGUGCCUCACGACGGAGAACAGGGCGCACGUGGUCGAGAACGGCUUAGAGAAAGUGGUGAACGUCGCUUGCGUUUGCUCGAAGUACGCGAACACGGUGGACCACUCUAGAAUACGCACCGGCAUACUGGAGCAUCUAUUCAAGCACAGCGAGGGAACGUGCAGCGACGUCAUCAAACUGGGCGGCCUCGACGCGGUGCUGUUCGAGUGCAGGAAGAAUGACGUCGAGACGCUGAGACACUGCGCCACGGCGCUCGCGAACCUCUCGCUCUACGGAGGCGCCGAGAACCAGGAGGCGAUGAUAAAGAGGAAGGUGCCCAUGUGGCUGUUCCCGUUAGCGUUCCACAACGACGACAACAUAAAGUACUACGCGUGUCUGGCCAUCGCGGUGCUGGUCGCCAACAAGGAAAUCGAGGCGGCCGUGCUGACUUCGGGCACUCUAGACUUGGUGGAGCCCUUCGUCACGUCGCACAACCCCUCGGAGUUCGCCAAGUCGAACUUGGCGCACGCGCACGGCCAGAGCAAGAACUGGCUGCAGAAGCUGGUGCCGGUGCUGAGCUCGAAGCGCGAGGAGGCGCGCAACCUGGCCGCGUUCCACUUCUGCAUGGAGGCCGGCAUAAAGAAGCAGCAAGGGAACACGGAGAUAUUCAGGGAGAUCGGCGCGAUAGAGUCGCUGAAGAAGGUGGCCAGCUGCCCCAACGCGGUCGCGUCGAAGUACGCCGCCCAGGCGCUCCGGCUGAUCGGCGAGGAGGUGCCGCACAAGCUCUCGCAGCAGGUCCCUCUCUGGUCGAUCGAGGACGUCAGGGAGUGGGUGAAGCAGAUCGGCUUCGCCGAAUACGCGAACAACUUCCACGAGAGCAGGGUCGACGGUGACCUGCUGCUGCAGAUAACUGAGGAGAAUCUCAAGGAGGACAUCGGCCUUAACAACGGAAUCAAAAGGAAAAGAUUCACUCGAGAGCUCCAACAGUUGAAGAAGAUGGCGGACUACAGUUCACGGGAUACUGGCAGCCUGAACGAUUUCCUGCAGAGCAUCGGUCCGGAGUACACAAUAUACACGUACUCGAUGCUGAACGCGGGCGUGGACAGGGAGUCUAUCCGGGGCCUGAGCGAUGAGCAGCUUGAGAACGAGUGCCGCAUCGUGAACAGCAUACACCGGCUGCGGAUUCUCAACGCGAUAAGAGUAUACGAGAGCACCUUACCUAGCAAGGGGGAAGAGAAUAUGGAGAAGAAUCUGGACGUGUUCGUGAGCUACCGACGGUCGAACGGUUCGCAGCUGGCGAGUCUGCUGAAGGUCCACCUCCAGCUGCGAGGGUUCACCGUCUUCAUCGACGUGGAGCGACUGGAGGCGGGCAAGUUCGACAACAACCUGCUGCAGAGUAUACGGCACGCGAAGAACUUCCUAUUGGUGCUAACACCAAACGCCCUGGAGAGGUGUAAGCACGACACUGAGCAGAAAGACUGGGUACAUCGGGAGAUUGUGGCCGCGUUACAGUCCAAGUGCAACAUCGUGCCAAUCAUCGACAACUUCGAGUGGCCGGAGCCCGAAGAGCUGCCCGAGGACAUGCGCGCCGUUUGCCACUUCAACGGCGUCCGCUGGAUACACGACUAUCAGGACGCGUGCGUCGAGAAACUGGAGAGCUUCCUGCGCGGCAAGUCGAACCUGGGCACGCGGCUGGAGGGGGCGCUGCGGGGGCGCGGGGAGGCGGCGACGCCGGGCACCGCCGCCAUCGGCCGCGGCCCCCCCAACUACCAGCGGAUGGCCUCCUGCGAGAGCCGCGGCAGCGACAAGAACGAC